AUGAUCGGCUGCAUGCUAUUUUAUGCUCUCUACCCGCUAUCACGGUACAUAAAUAGACGACCCUCAGUUGUGAAAAGCACAGUGGUGUGUGAUGGUGCUGCUGUAACAAGGAUGUCUUUCAAGUCGCAGAAAUUCUCACCAGACCAGCAGCUCAGCCAAACCAGUUGUUUGACGGAACAAGAGGAGGAAACGAUGAGUGAACAGUACUCUGUUCGUACAGAAAGUACCACACCAGAUGAACAACCGCUGAUAUGUGUCAGUCAGAAAGAUGGAGAAAUGGAGGCUGUUUCAAAGACAAGUGAGGCUCAUUAUUCGGCAAAUUGCAAUGACUCCAGGGCAGAAAAAGAUUCACAGGAUAUAGAAAUUGAGCAAACACAUUUUCCGCACGAAGAACCUGCCGUUGAGGAUAAUGUGCAGCAAACUGUCUGUUUUAUGGAGUCACUAUUGAAGAUGGAAAGCUUGGAAGACUCAGGAAAUGCCGCCGAGGGCAUCACACAAGAAACGGAGUUCUGGGAUGACUAUAAUGUAAUGUUGAACGGUGUCGCAAGUUCAAACCGAAAGCAAACAUCGCCGCUUUCCGUUGCUCAAACUGGUCGUGAUACAGAAUGUGGAUGGCACUUCCCUGCGGGACCCGGCUUAGUGGAUGAAAUUCAUUGCCCACACUGGCGUUUUCCUGCUAUGAGCUAUUACCCUUCAGAGGAGCAGAUGAGGCCCUUAGAUGUAUCAUGGCGAUUAUGGCAAAAAAGUUCAACGGAAGACUCUGAAACACCGGCCCCUUUCAAAAAGCCCUUCAUGGAUUUUACCGUCAUGUCCUACAACAUCUUGGCCCAGGACUUGCUGGAAGCCAACAUAGAGUUGUACAAACACUGCCCCCGAGAGGUGCUGGAGUGGAGUUACCGGUGUAGCCUGCUGCUAGAGGAAAUACACAAAUGGGCGCCAGAUAUUCUUUGUCUCCAAGAGGUGCAGGAGAACCACUAUCAAACACAACUGUAUCCAGUCCUCACUCAAAUGGGCUAUAACUGUGUCUACAAGCGGCGCACAGGGAACAAGACAGACGGCUGCGCUACUUGCUACCGCAGCAGUCGCUUUUCUGAGGUGUCGGUCAUGCCGAUAGAGUUCUUCAGGCCCCAAACGGAGAUCCUGAACCGACACAACGUGGGAAUAGUUUCGGUGCUUCGACCUGUUGUCUACCAGGAUUCGAAGAUCAGGGCGAAGGGCUCGCUGCUUUGUGUGGCCAACACGCACCUUCUUUUCAAUCCCAGGAGGGGGGAUGUGAAACUGGCUCAGCUGGCCAUAUUGCUGGCAGAAAUCAACAGCGUGGUCAAAUCCUGGAAGGCUAAAGGUGAACACUGUAACGUCAUCAUGUGCGGAGACUUCAACUCUUUGCCGCACAAGCCUCUUUAUCAGCUCAUCACGACCGGAGAGCUUUACUUCGAGGGUCUGCCAGCGUGGAAGGUGUCAGGUCAGAAGGACCUUUCAAACCAUUCCAAUUGCCACAGACUGUUUGCUCCUCUAUGGCCCAACUCUUUGGGAAUUUCAGACUGCUGCAAGUACAUCACUUCCAAUGAGGUGGUUGCAAGCCAGAGUGCAGUCUCAGCAUCUCCUGGAGGGAAACUUCUCUACAGUCACGACUUCCUCUUGAAACUGCGUUUCUGUCCAGUUUCAUGUGUUCGUCCUUAUGAUUUAGAAUUUAUACCAGGUGUCACAGACAACAAGCCAGGUAGAACUUGUAGAAAUACACAAUUGCACAGGUUUGGAGAUACUCUCAGACAUCAGUUAGACCUGGAGUCCAUCUUUAACCACACACUCCCUGACUCUGGCGAAUCUGAAGUAACAACUCUGCACUCUGAAGGGGGAGCCACUGUGGACUAUAUCUUCUAUUCCCCUAAACGCACUUCAGAGCUAGCAGGCCAGUCGGACUGCGAAGGUCUGAAGUUGAUCGGUUGUCUUUCGCUGCUAACUGAAGAUACUUUAUGGUCCAUGGAAGGUCUUCCUAGCCACAUCUUCCCAUCCGAUCAUCUCAGUAUUGUGGCUCAGUUUCGGCUGGACUUGAACGCAGCAGCAUUUUAA